AUGAUUCCUUUUCUUAUUUGCGAGAAUUUGCUUACAGAAUCAAACUCAAUCCUAAAGUCAGCUCACAAAAAUAACUUAAUUGAGUUUUAUGCAAGUGGAUCCUCUUCUCAGCGGAUAAAUGGAACAAUUCAAAAAACUAAGCCAGAAUAUUCUUUUGAUCAAAUAGAGAAAAAUUACGACUGGUGCUCAAACUGCGGUAGAUCUAAAUCUGAUCAUCCAUGGCUCAUUCUUGGCGUCAAAGACAGAGUUAUGGAAAUAUCAGGCUAUUAUUUGAAAUCAGGCUGCUGCUCAGAUCGUUCAAGAUGCUGCUGCUAUGAAGAGGGAAUGUAUUGCUGCGAAUGCUGCCUGUUCAGCUGGUCUUUGCAGAUUUCAAACGACAAUCAAACCUGGAAAACAAUCCAUAACAUCGAAAAAGACUACGAAAUGAGAAGAUGCAAAGAGAAAACAUACAAAUUUACAGAAACUCAUAAAGCUCGCUACGUUAGACUUAUUCAAUACGAAUCUUGCUAUUCGGAGCCACCAUGCAUCGCUCUAAACAAGAUAGAAUUAAUUGGCAGAUACGACGGAUCAAGUGU